AUGGGAAGACAUUCUUUUCCCGUUCUUAACCAGCAAUUUCUUGUUGACGAAAAAUUCGUAUUUUUACGAGAAUUAGGACAGGGCGCUUAUGGCGUUGUGUGUGCUGCGCGUAACACACAAACUGGGGAAGGAGUGGCCAUCAAAAAGGUUACGAAUGUUUUUAACAAAACAAUUCUUACGAAACGCGCAUUGCGAGAGGUGAAAUUGUUGCAGCAUUUUAGAGGACACAAAAAUAUCACAUGUCUUUUUGACAUGGAUAUCGUUAAUCCUCAUGAUUACAACGAAAUAUAUCUUUAUGAAGAAUUGAUGGAAGCUGAUCUUUACGCAAUUAUCCGUUCGGGUCAACCUCUUUCAGACGCGCAUUAUCAGAGUUUCACAUAUCAGAUAUUAAGUGGAUUGAAAUAUAUUCACUCAGCUAAUGUAUUGCACCGUGAUUUGAAGCCUGGUAAUCUUCUUGUUAAUGCGGAUUGUGAGCUUAAAAUUUGUGAUUUUGGUCUUGCUCGCGGAUUUUCAGAAGACCCUGCAGCCAAUUCUGGAUUUAUGACUGAAUAUGUUGCCACAAGGUGGUAUAGGGCUCCAGAAAUCAUGUUAAGUUUUCAAAGUUACACAAAAGCCAUUGAUUUGUGGUCCGUCGGUUGCAUUCUUGCCGAGUUAUUGAGUGGUCGAACGUUGUUUAAAGGACGAGAUUAUGUUGAUCAAUUAAACCAAAUCCUACAAACCUUGGGAACACCUAAUGAUGCCACUUUAACAAGGAUAGGAAGUCAUAGGGCACAAGAGUAUAUUCGCAAUUUACCAUUUAUGCAUAAAAGACCUUUUCAACAAUUAUUUCCGAAUGCAAAUCCUUUGGCAUUGGAUCUAAUAGAACGUCUAUUAACCUUUGACCCUGCUCAACGCAUAACUGUCGAAGAAUCUUUAGAACAUCCAUAUUUAGCAAUAUGGCAUAAUCCAAAUGAGGAGCCGGUAUGUCCAGAACCUUUUGAUUUCUCUUUUGAAUCAAUAGACGAUCCUAAUCAGAUGAGAGUCGUAAUUGCACAAGAAGUUGCAAACUUUCGUGCAACAGUUAGACGACCGCAAUUAAAUGUCGCAACUGGGGUUAAACCAACGACUUCUUCAAGUUUAGCAAGAAUUCCAGAUCGAGAUACUAUUCUUAAUUCGCCUACGGCAGUACGAGGAGAUCCGGGCGCACUUGUUGCUGGACAUUAUCAACCACCUGCAGUGAUGAGCGAAGAUUUAGAAAGAGAAUUGAGUGGCGGAAUUUAA